AUGGAGUGUUCUACUGACACCACGGAAAGCUGCCUGUGUGAUGAUGUCAUGCCUCUGCCCAUGGGUUCUGACUGUGCGUCUUCUCCGCUUCUGCCUCUCCACCGCCCCUUGAUCACAGACACGUCUCGGGACCGGUGCCGGAGUCGUGGCGGUGGCGGUGGCGGCUUCCACCGGCGCGGAGGAGGCGGCGGCCACGGCGGCCUCCACAACUUCCGCUCCCCGCCGCCGGGCAUGGGCCUCAAUCAGAACCGCGGACCCAUGGGGCCCGGCCCUGGCCAGGGUGGCCCCAAGCCCCUCCCGCCACCGCAUCAGCAACAGCAGCAGCCACGGACGCAACAGCCGCCACCACAGCAGCCGCUGCCGCUUCAGCUGCCACCGCAUCAGCCGCCGCCGCCACAGGACUCGUCCAAGCCCGUUGUUCCUCAGGGACCCGGCCCGGCUCCCGGAGUGGGCAGCGCUCCGCCGGCCUUGGGCGCGGCACCGCCUGCCACUCCUCCGACCUCCGGGGCCCCUACGGGGCCGGGCCCCACCCCGACCCCGCCGCCCGCUGUCAUCUUGGCGCCCCCCGGGGCGCCCCCGCCCGCGCCGCCGAGCAGCGGGGUCCCCACCACCCCGCCUCAGACCGGGGGCCCAGGAGGUCGGCAGCACCACCUACCCUACCACCAGCAGCACCACCAGGGCCCCCCGCCUGGCGGGCCAGGCGGCUGCAGCGAGGAGAAGAUCUCCGACUCAGAGGGAUUUAAAGCCAACUUGUCUCUCUUGAGGAGGCCUGGAGAGAAAACUUACACUCAGCGUUGUCGGUUGUUUGUUGGGAAUCUACCUGCUGAUAUCACAGAGGAUGAAUUCAAAAGACUUUUCGCUAAAUAUGGAGAACCAGGAGACGUUUUUAUCAAUAAAGGCAAAGGAUUUGGGUUUAUUAAACUUGAAUCUAGGGCAUUGGCUGAAAUUGCCAAAGCUGAACUUGAUGAUACACCCAUGAGAGGUAGACAGCUUCGGGUUCGUUUUGCCACACACGCUGCCGCUCUCUCCGUUCGAAAUCUUUCACCUUACGUUUCCAAUGAACUGUUGGAAGAAGCCUUUAGCCAAUUUGGUCCUAUUGAAAGGGCUGUUGUAAUUGUGGAUGAUCGUGGGAGAUCUACAGGGAAAGGCAUUGUUGAAUUUGCUUCUAAACCAGCAGCAGGAAAAGCCUUUGAAAGAUGCAGUGAAGGUGUUUUCUUACUGACAACAACUCCUCGUCCAGUCAUUGUGGGACCACUUGAACAAUUAGAUGAUGAAGAUGGCCUUCCUGAACAACUUGCACAGAAGAAUCCAAUGUAUCAAAAGGACAGAGAAACACCUCCUCGUUUUGCCCAACAUGGCACAUUUGAGUAUGAAUAUUCUCAGCGUUGGAAAUCCCUGGAUGAAAUGGAAAAACAGCAAAGGGAACAAGUUGAAAAAAACAUGAAAGAUGCAAAAGACAAAUUGGAAAGUGAAAUGGAAGAUGCCUAUCAUGAGCAUCAGGCAAAUCUUCUGCGUCAAGAUCUGAUGAGACGCCAGGAAGAAUUAAGACGCAUGGAAGAACUUCACAAUCAAGAAAUGCAGAAACAUAAAGAAAUGCAACUAAGGCAAGAAGAAGAACGACGUAGAAGGGAAGAAGAGAUGAUGAUUCGUCAGCGUGAAAUGGAAGAACAAAUGAGACGCCAAAUAGAGGAAAGUUAUAGCCGGAUGGGCUACAUGGAUCCAAGAGAAAGAGACAUGAGAAUGGGUGGUGGAGGAGCAAUGAACAUGGGAGAUCCCUAUGGUUCAGGAGGCCAGAAAUCUCCACCUCUAGGUGGUGGAGGUGGCAUAGGUUAUGAAGCUAAUCCUGGAGUCCCACCAGCAACCAUGAGUGGUUCCAUGAUGGGAAGCGAUAUGCGUAUUGAGCGCUUUGGGCAGGGAGGUGCGGGACCUGUGGGUGGACAGGGUCCUAGAGGAAUGGGGCCUGGAACUCCAGCAGGAUAUGGUAGAGGGAGAGAAGAGUAUGAAGGCCCAAACAAAAAGCCCCGAUUUUAGAUGUAAUACCUAGGUUUUCAUUCCAGUUUGUUUUUGUCUUUUCUUGUUUAGAUACCAAUCUUUUAAAUUCUUGCAUUUUAGUAAAAAAGCUACCUUUUUAUGGAUGUUAGCAGUUUAUUGACCUAAUAUUUGUAAAUGGUCUGUUUGGGCAGGUAAAAUUAUGUAAUGCAGUGUUUCAAACGGGAAUAUUUUUUCUUUUUAUUUACUUUUUUUUUUUUUUAACUGUAUAAUGUCCCUCAAGUUAUGGCAGUGUGCCUUGUGCCACUGAAUUUCCAAAGUGUACCAAUUUUUUUUUUUUACUGUGCUUCAAAUAAAUAGAAAAAAUAGUUAUAAUAUUGAUCUUCAACUUAGCCAUUCAUGCUUCUAUGCACAUUAGGCUAGGUAUUCCACUUUGAAAGCAUGAGCGUGUCUAGGCCUUCAAAUGGCACCUGCCGUUUCUGGGAAAUGUAUCUGUAGGCUAAGUAUUGCUUUCUACAAACAAGUAUCCCCUUGUUUUAAAAAGAAGAAAUGCAUAUUGAAGUAGUUUCAUGAUUUGAUUUGUUUGGCAUUAUAGGAAGCAAGCUGGUGCUAAGUAUUUUUAAAUGGUUAUGUAAGCAAGCUGAACUGUAAAUCUUCCUUCAGGAAUGUGUAUUAAGAUGAUGGAAUGGGUGAAAGACUAUUGGUAGGGAGAGAAAGUGGGUAUGACUAAAUGGAUCUUUAUGGCCCUAUGAUCUAUCCUUUCCUUGAAAGUUUCUGAAGAAAAAGUGGAAAGAUCAUUCUGUUGCAUUUCUCCAUUCUUGUUUUUAAAAGAACAAGUCCCAAGCUCUACAUAUGGCUUUUUUUGAACUUUCACAUUUGAAUUAAAGAUUGUUAAA